AUGCUUCCACGCGCCGUGCUCUCGGUGCUUUGUCUCGCGGCGGCCGCCCUCGGUGCGCCCCGCGGUGUCUGCUACGACGCGUACAACUCGGACAGCGCGUCGACCCACUUUGCGUCGAUUGCAUCGCGCUUCGACGCGGUCCGAACGUACCAGACGUGGACGCACAACAGCAACCUCAUUGACAUUGCGGCCCGCAACGGCCUUGCCAUGUACCCGGGCAUCUGGCUCCGCGGCAAUGGCCGCAACCCGGGCACGGUCAAGGCCGUCUUUGUCGGCAACGAAGAUUUGUCCAACAACUGGAACGCCGGCGCGGUCCUCGACAAGAUCAACCAAGCCAAAGGCGCCUUCCGCGACGCCGGCCUCGGCUAUGUCCGCAUCGGGACGGUCCAGACCGACGGCGACUGGCUCCACAACGCGUGGCUCGCCGACCACGUCGACGUGGUCGGUGUCAACAUUUACCCAUUCUUUGGGUCGCACCCGGACUCGUGGAACAACCCCGUGAAAGACCUCGACGCGCGCUGGACUGCGAUGACCAACCGGUUUGGCAACAAGGUGCUCUUGACCGAGACGGGCUGGCCGGACGCCGGUGGCAACGUCGGCGCGCAUGUGGCCAAUUGGCAGAACGCGCAGAACUACUUUCGCAGUGCGCAGGCGUGGAUGGACGGCAACAAGGGCGGCGAGCUCCCGACGUACUUUAUGUACCACGACAACCGCGGCAAGCCCAGCUACGAAGGACACUUUGCCCUGGCCGAGCCCAAUGGGCAGUGGAAGUUUGAGUUCAACGCCAAGAAGAACCCGCCCAACAACAAUGGCGGCAACAACAACAACGACGGCGACAAGCCCAGCGGCCAGUUCCAGCUCAUUACGAGCCGCGGCAAGGCGCUCCGCGAGUGGUACGGCGGCCUCGCUGCCAAGGACAACAACAACGACGCGUUCACCAAGUGGACGUACGAUGCGAACGCGCAAACGCUCAAGAACGAAGGUGCCAACAAGUGCCUCGACGCGUACAUGGACGGCAACAACGUCAAGGUGCACCUCUACCACUGCGACGGCAACAACUCGAACCAGAAGUGGCGCCUCGCCGGCGGCAAGGUCAUCCACGCGCGCUUCUCCAACGUCUGCCUCGACGCCGAUGCCAACGACCCGAACGAAGGAGUCCAGAACUGGGCGUGCGUCGACAACAACUCGAACCAGGUCUUCAAGAUCUCGACCGGCGGCAGUGGCAACGGCGGUCGCGUCGCGCUCACGGUCCGCAGCUUCAACCGCGUCUUUGCGGUCGGUUCCAACGACCAAGUGCUCUUCCGGUCGCCGCAAGGCAGCAUCCAAAGCGACACGAACGCCCUCUGGACGCUCGACGGCAAGGGCUUGCUCAAGUCGGCGGCCAACGGCAAGUGCUUGGACGCUUGGGAGGCCAAGAACGGGGGUGGUGUCCACUCGUGGAACUGCGACGAGAACAACGCCAACCAAAAGUGGUCGUACGACACCAACACCAAGCAGCUGCGCCACGCCAAGCACAGCGGUUAUUGCCUUGACAUGGGGUCUGAGAACGGCGACCGCCCGCAGCUGUGGCAGUGCCACCCCGCCAACGACUACUGGGCCAAGUUCCAGCAGUUCGCCCAAGAAAGCUAA